CGCGUUUGCGGUCCCUCCUUAUAUUUUUCGCCCAACUCACGCCGGCUCUGCUUCCUUUCCCUUUUCCUCCUCUCAUUCGAAUCUCCGUGAAUCGUUAUCAUCCACAUCCUUCAAAAUGUCCAACGAGCAGACCUUCAUUGCCAUCAAGCCCGAUGGUGUCCAGCGCGGACUCAUUGGCCCCAUCCUCUCUCGCUUCGAGAACCGUGGCUUCAAGCUCGUUGCCAUGAAGCUGUGCUCUCCUUCCCAGCAGCACCUCGAGCAGCACUACGCUGACCUCAGCGACAAGCCCUUCUUCAAGGAACUCGUCUCCUACAUGCUGAGCGGCCCCAUCUGCGCCAUGGUCUGGGAGGGCCGUGAUGCCGUCAAGACCGGCCGCACCAUCCUCGGUGCCACCAACCCCCUUGCCUCCGCCCCCGGCACCAUCCGUGGUGACUACGCCAUCGAUGUCGGCCGCAACGUCUGCCACGGUUCCGACUCCGUCGAGAACGCCAAGAAGGAGAUUGCCCUCUGGUUCAAGCCCGAGGAGCUCCAGAGCUGGAAGCAGAGCCAGUUCGACUGGAUCUACGAGAAGGCCUAAAUUUCUCAUCUCAGCUUUACCAUUUCGGAGCCUACCAACCCUCGAGCAUGUGGGAGGCAGCGCUCUUUAGAUGAAACAAUCUAGAAAACCCAAAAGCCCCAUGAGAAAUACAAGUCAUUUCCAGAUCUAACU